AUGGCUGCCGCAGACGCUGCAUUCCUUCGCGCGGUAGCCACCCACAUGAUCCUCCCCCCGGAUUUACCAGGCGGCGUUGACAGGAACCUACCCGAGAUUGAUGGAGACCUGCUUCGGCGCGCCCAAGACGCCUGUACUGAACUGAAAGCAACCAUCCAUAGCGAGUUCCAGCGGGAACUGAGUCUUCUCGAAAGCUCAUUGGAUUACUGUUACUUCACCCACUCCUCAGCACACCUCGACAGCUUACAGCUUCAGCGUGCAUUUCGGAGACUGCAAGAGGGCGAAAUCCUAAUCAUUCACGUCCAUGAGCAGAAUGCGGGCCUUUUGGUGCGGCAUGGCGCUCGCGACUUGAAAGGUCAUGUCAUCUUCGAAGCCUUUGAAGUGUCUGCCCAAUCCGAGAAAGUCCUCGAAUGUAAGGGAGCUUUGCAGUGGACAUUUCCUACCUCGGCCGCAGCUAUUCCGAAUAUUGUGUUUGCCGACGAGCACUUCCAGCAACAACUGGCCGACUUUUUGGAAAGAGGCAGCAUGGAAAAUAUCAAGAAGUUCGGGGCAGUCACCCACAAAGCACAGUCACUCGCGUUUGAGCCACGAGACACCUCCGACCCUGCAUUGAUCACAGGCCUCCUCAUCACGAUUCUGGUAGGCAUUGGUCAACUGGUCAGCGUGCCGCCCAUUACUAAGCGUGUCAAAGAUGAAGUCCGCUUCAAGGACGCUCUGAUUCCAUGGAGGAGAUCGCCGUUCUGGCUGCUGCUGCGAGUGGGUAUCUUGCGCCAUCUGGAGGAGCUCACAGGCCCGACUGUGGCAAACACACUGUACAAAGCUCUCAUGUGCCUGAUGCAAGCUCGACUACUGAUACAAAUGAUCGGCUCGCAGACUCCGGACCUGUCUCAUCUGCUGUUCAGGAAGCUUUGUCGGCGUAUGGCGAAACUGGAGAAGGAUAGAGUCCUUAUAUCUCGUGCAAACGCCAACACCUCAAGGCUCCAUGGCAUUGUCCUCAAUAGCAUACGGCCGGCUUUACUGCAAGCCACAAAGGACGCCAACGUGGCGCUUCAGAAUGCGUGGGAGAGCUACAAGUCCAAGAUUCAGCGUCGGAUCACACCAUUCAAAACUCGCACAGCAAGACCUGAACACCUUAGACUGGGCCUAAGAAACAGUGCACCUUACCUCGGUCAGAUGCAGCAACAUCCCCUCGUCGUGAACGUGCCUAGGGGUACCUAUAUCAUGUCCCCAGCCUUGCGACAAUUUUUCGGCGCAUACUCUGACCUGGCACACACCGAAGAAGAUAUCCUAGCACAACACCAACAACUGGCUUCCUUCAACGACGAGACGUGCUCAGAUUCAGUUCUGACACUUGCAGAAGAUAUCCAUUCGUAUCUUUCCAAGUCGAGCGACCAAUGCUACGAGGUCGGCACUGUUGACCGAAGCCGUAUGAUUCUAGCAACCAUGUGGUUAUGGGUAUUGAUGGAUCGUUUGUGCUGCCGGUUCAUCCUUGGAUACUCCCGGUAUAAACCAGUCUUCCACCCGCUGGUCUUGGACUGUUUGCUCCUGUCCAGCUACGCUGACUUAUGUCGCCUUCAUGAGAUUCAGUGCUACCUCACCCAGCGUCAUGCAACUGCUGACGCCACUGGCCCUCCUCAGACCAUCUUCGAUACCCCUAUGUACGGCUGUUUCGCCGACUGCUAUUUUCAGAGCUUGGACUCCGGCUCAGACAUUCAUCUCCUGAACCAAACCAUGCAGGAAGCAGAACAACGGCGGAAGCAUUACAAGGAGACCGAGUGGGCGGAAAGAGACGCCGAGCACCAACAGAUUACGAAGGAGCUAUCGGCUAUCACCUGCCAAUAUACGUUUGUCGGAGAUCUGCUGCUCCCAGAGCACGACCAGUACAAAUGUACCAAGUGUAUUUUGACCAAGAAGGCCGACAGCAUCGGCAUCGAGCGAAUCGAGCAGGCGUUGCCGUACAACAGUGGUGAAGCGAGAGCUGCCUUGCUCGAAUUACGAUGCCCAAAGGCUUUUUCUGCAUGCCGAAAUGCUACGUGGGCUAUUGCUGCCAAUCUAGGACUACCGAAUGUCCAGGAGACAAGAAAGGAACCCCUCACAAUUGUACACAGUUACUAUGCCGAGUUCUCGAGGGAACGCGCGCCUCGCAGAACGGGAGUCACUUUGGCGUCACGCACGAAGUCUUUUCUGCAGACGCACUUCCGAUAUGUGCGUUUCCCCAUCCCUCUGGAGAAAGUGCGUGUCAACAACGGCCUAAGAUUCGAAUACUACGAUCUCACCCGGAAAUUGUGGCCAGUGGAACACCUCCACGAAAUCACUUUCGGCCAUCAUUGUUGGGUUCCGAUUCCACGCCGCAGCCCAUUUGCGCAAAUCGACUACCCCUCUAGGGUCCUGCCAAACAACGGGCAGAGUGGAAACAACCAAGCAUCAUCUGCGCACCCUGCGAUGUCCAACGCAACGAAAUACCUGGUCGCCAACUCUGCCAUCAGCUCCAACGAGGUUUUAGCUGGACUACCGCGCUGCCCACAGACUCUUGGUGCGCCAGAAUUCGUGGCCUUCCAGGGGCUCCUGUCAGAUAGCCAGCGCUUAUGGCCCGCGAUCCUAGUUGAGUUGGGAUCUUCCAACCUCAACUUCAGCUCUGCAGCCGUCGCAUCUUUGCUGCAAGCUCUAUCCUACCGCACCGGUCGUCCAUGUGAAAACACAUUUCAUACGACAAACGUGGUUUUCCGCAGCGAGUCGUUCUGCAACGACCUAUUGAGCCAAAUUGAACGACGCUUGUCGAGCAUUAGCUCGAACUGGCGGGAGAGCUCCUGUAUGGAAGUCUUGCUUAGCUUGAUCUUCAAGGUUGUCGAGCUUGGAAGUGAGACUGUAUGUCUCCAGGCUACACAACUCGUGGAAAAUGUCAGAAACAUUACUCUCAACUGGAUCAAGCUGAUUCGUGAGGAGCUCUGGGGCACGGUCAACGCAGUUGCUGCGGCAGGGUUGACCCAUUCUAUCGUCUGGGCAGCUCUGUUAUGUAGACGGACUUUCACAAUCUGCGACAAUUCCCACGAGCCGCGAAGUUGUUCCGCCUUCACCACAGAUGCCAGCGUACAAUCAGGCCAGAGAUCUCUAGCGUCAUCGGCCCUGGUCAUCUUCAUGGAGGCUUCCAUUGCAUUGCAAGAAAAUCUUGUUGAAGAUCUGACCAAACUUCUGCCGUCCCUUCGCAGCGCAUUGGCUCGCGACGUGAAGAUGGUGUGCGGUCUGCAAAGCCGUUUGACGCGUUUUCUCGGAGAGAAUCCUCACUCACUGGUCGCUGCGGCGGUAAGCGCGCGCGCCAUAAGCGGUGAAGCGCUGUCUAGUCGUCCUACGUCAGUCUCAUUCAAUGAACGCCAUGAUGGUGUAUGGGCUGAAAUUCGUCUCCCGAGCAAAUCCAACUUCGAUGCUCCGGUAAUUGAGUACCAUCUAGUCGGAGGCGUGCUACUGCUGGACGGGCGGGCCGUUGAGAGAGAACUUCCCGUCCAGAUCCGUCACGCAGAUGCCAUUGCUCGGCUAUUUCCAAACCAGAGACUGGUGGUAUACCGCUCGUCUCUGCCCGGGAUGACAUACAAAGUCGCCUUCGAUGUCGAGGGCCAAGAAGUCCACUUUGGCUUCCGGGGAGGCGAACUUGUCAUUCGGCUAUGGGGACAAAAUGGGUCAUGGGAGUACCUUCCUCCAAGCAUAUUCGAGCAUAAUGACACGUUUGAUCUACCAGCAUCGCUAAUAGACGGUUGUGUACACUGGCUUGAUCUGGACUCCAACAUUAUCGAAGUCAGACGAGCGCCGAAAGUAUGGAGAUCUGCUCCUGGCAAUUGGAACAUCAACCUCCAUACAGGGAUGGCCAACCGCCGGCAAUCGACCUUGCUGGAUCCAGGCAGUAACCUAUUCCUUCACUUCGCCAGUGUCUUCCGAGGGUUUGAAGAUCCUCGUCACAUCACAGUAUACCAGCCGGCACGAUGGCCCCUCGCAGUCGAACUCCGCCGCUAUGAGUUGACUUUCUUUGUGAACCAGCGUGGGUUUCUGGAGUGUCAGCAACUACGAGCUGAAGUGGAUGAAAAUCAAGACGCCGGUACUUGGUAUGGUCUCUCUUCCAAAAUCGUGCUCCGUGAUGUCCAGAAUCCCUGCGAACGAAGCAUUAUCGUCCCAUUAGCACCCUUGACAGUGCGGCGCAAGGGCAUGCAUGUUGAUGUUCAGGUCCAGAGGGUUGAUCCGGUCGUUGGUCGCUUUUUCCUAGAUGAUGUGCUUGGGAGAGUGACUUGUGCUUCGGAACCUCGACUGUUCUACACGAAGGCGCUGUUACACGCCUCUACGUCUUUCUGCCUCCCUGAUCCACUAACAGGGAGAACUGGGGCCGAUGAAGCAUGCCGCAUCCUCCAGGCUGGUGCCUGUCAGCCGUACGCCCCGCUUAAUGCUGCGAAUGAGAUGCUCAUCGCCUCAAUUGCUGAUCUCACUCCGAAGCGGCAAUUCUAUCCCGAAGACCUCCGUGUUAUGGAAACGGUAAGUUGGAGAAAGGAUCUUACUGUCGCCACACAAGAUGAUAGAUACUGGCAACUAGUCAACGUCAUCAAGCAGAAAUCGGACUUGUUGGCGCAAUUCAAGCUCAAGGAGGAUGUCGCCCUUGAAGCAGAACAGUCUUCCAUGCUGAUGGAAAGUGCCAUUGUCAACGACACAAAUACCGACCUUGUGCUCCGAGGUCAGAUGCGGCGUCUUCCCUAUCAGCGGCCCGACUUGGCCGUGGCGAUAUCCACCGUUAUCCAAGGUUCUGGUGACAUACUGUACUGUCCUCGUGGCUACCACGACUACCAGAAAAGCCAGGACCAUGUCUUCGAGGCGGCGAGUUUACUGAAAAACUGGCCAAGCAAGCUACCCUCGCCAUCGCUUUUACAUGUUAUGAUGCAACAGUGGCCCCAUAUUGCUGGAUAUGGUGACGGUAUGGUUGUAUACGACAAGAUACGCCUGAGUGACCGCCUUGACGCAGAUAUCGCUUCGUCAUGGGGUCCUUUGGUCAACCUUUGUCGACUCUCGAGCCAGGACACGAAGUACAAGCUAUUGUUCCUCCUGGCAACCAUCUCUUUCAGGGAAGAGGUCGAUGUGCACGCUAUUCACACAUUGAUCGCGUUCUCGGUGUUUCCGGACCUGAAGAAGAUUGAUCUGCCCUCGUGGCCAUCAUACACGCAAUUCCGGCCGGGAUACACUCCAAAGACCCACUACCUAAAACAACUCCUGGGCUCGAGCGUUUUGCCGUUCGCAACUUCUGGGUCGCAGAUCAGUAUGACUCAAAAAGAGCGUAAAGCGCUAGAUGCUGCUCGACGGGCGCAUGAGGUGAAAGCUGUGCAAGACUUGGAUUCUCUGGUCAACUUCAUGUGUGCACAAUGGCCCUGCGCUUUACCGGACCUCAAGCAGUUCUCGACCUCUACGCUUGACACAGAUGCCGCUCGAUCUGCGAUUGCCAUGGAGUGGCAUGCGAUGUUUCAAAAUCACGAGUUCGAGGAGCAUUUGCGGCAAGUACAAGAUGUCUUAGAUAGACAUCGGACGUCUCCACCGGUCAGAACGCCGAAGAAGUCGGUUGCCUCACUGAGUGGAGCUCCUUCUCGCGGGUUUCCAUCGAUACAGCUUGAUCUGCUCAACAAGGAAGGACCUUUGACAAGCCUGCACGCCCACCAGCGUUCCAGCGGACUCUCUUGUUUCGCGGCGGUAAACCCGCUGGAAUCGAACCGAGACAUUAAAGAGCUGAGGCGGAUUGUGACGGAACUGCCCACCUCUAAAUCAAUCGUCAGACAGGAAUACAUUCAAGGGCUUCUGCAUUCAAUCACGGCAUUAGAAGGAUCUCGCUUGCGAUCAGAGUCACAACAGUCCUUCCUUGACUUUGGUCAGCUCGAAAAUCUCAUUGCUAGGGCCCAGGAUACGGUUGAUUUCCAGAAGAGGAGACUUGUUGUGGCUACAAAGAAAGAUGAGCCAGGCGCAACUUGGCUCGAUGCCGCAGGGCUUUGGCCGAUCACCUCGAGUGUUGACAUGCUAGAGGCCCUGCGCAGCACUAGCCAUAUACCGAUGACGGCGUCCGUCCGAAGAGCAAUCACUACGCUAGGUGUUAUGGUCACUCAUCUGCAGCGUCUUCGCCGAAUUCAAGAUGCUUCUUGGCGUGGUAAGACUCAACAGCUUGAUGAUGAGCUCAAAAACCACGGGCACACCAAUUGGGAUCCCGAGAAAUAUCCGGACUGGCUACUCUUGGAGAUCGACACCAACAUCCUGAUACGACCCGUUCAGGCGGACGUGGCUUUUCAGGUUAUAUCACCAGCAUCAGGUUCAAAUUCAGUCUUGCAGCUGAAUAUGGGGCAGGGUAAAACCUCGACCAUUAUACCUCUAGUCGCUUCCGUGUUGGCCGAUGGACAUUCUCUUUGCAGGGUCGUUGUCCCGAAGGCUCUGCUUCUGCAAACUGCCCAAUUAUUGCAGUCAAGGCUCGGCGGGCUGCUGGGUCGAGAACUGUGCCAUGUCCCUUUCUCUCGCCGCACGCCAUGUACGCUCGACCACCUUCAAGCCUAUGCGAGGAUUCAUCGGUCGACAUUGAAAAGUUCUGGUGUGAUUAUAGCACUACCAGAGCAUCUCAUGUCCUUUAUGCUCUCGGGGCAGCAGCGACUGCUCGAUGGAAAGUUCGACGAGGCAACCAGGAUGAUCAAAUUACAUCAUUGGUUGUCUGGCGUCAGUCGAGACGUUUUUGAUGAGAGCGACUUUACCAUGGCGGUGAAGACACAGCUCAUCUAUCCCUCCGGUCCGCAAGUGACCGUUAACGGCGGCAACUACCGGUGGGAAACCAUACAAACGGUUCUUAGAUUGGUGUUCUCCCACCUUGACGUGUUGGAACGAUCAUAUGAGUCCAGCAUUCAGGUCGUACGUCGUCAAGUGGGAGGCUUUCCGUUCAUCUACUUCCUCCGCCCAGAUGUGCAACAGGCUUUGAUGCAGCUAAUUGUUGCGGACAUAUGCAGUGGACGUACACCCUUGCUCAACAUUGACAACUUCUCUGCGCUGGAAAGACAAGCCAUCAGAGCGUUCAUCACCGAAGCCAAUCCACAGCACCCUGUGGUCAAGUGCGUCUCCGAGAUACACAAGAACAGUUCUGGUGACGGUUACGUGAUCUACCUUCUGCGUGGCCUUCUUGUCCAUCGGAUCCUUAUUUUGACUCUCAGCAGGCGGUGGAACGUUCAGUACGGUCUCCAUCCACUUCGAGACCCUGUUUCUGUGCCUUUCCUAGGAAAGGGGGUUGCGUCAAACCUUGCGGAAUGGGGUCACGUUGAUGUUUCUCUGCUCUUUACAUGCCUCUCAUUCUACUACCAAGGAUUAGCGCCCGCACAGUUGAAACAAAGCCUCGAGCGUAUCCUCAAGUCGGAUGACCCUGCCCGUGAGUACGAGCAGUGGACUCAGGGAUCAAGCGGGCUUUCUGACCGACACCGUGACUGGACCUCGAUCAAUCUCGAAGAUACGACUCAGCUGACAGAGAUAUGGAGCGCGGUCCGCUUUAACCUCACCGCGAUUGAUCAUUUCCUGAACAACUUCGUCUUUCCAAAGCAUGCAAAACAGUUCAAGGUGAAGUUGCAGGCCAGCGGAUGGGAUCUGCCCUUAGCAGGUCACGGUUCCAGUCUGACGACAGGCUUCAGCGGAACCAACGACAAUCGUCUUGUCUUGCCCCUCAAUAUCAAGCAGGAUGACCUGAAAGGACUGGCGCACACGAAUGCUGAAGUUCUCUGCUACCUUCUGCACGAUCGAAAUCGUGCGUACGCCCUUGCAGGGUUCCGGGAUGACUUGGGCGGACGUGCGGUCUACAGACGCAUGUCGGAGCCCGAUUUCUUGAGGAAGCUGCGCCGUAAGGGUAUCCGGAUACUGAUUGAUGCUGGUGCGUUGAUCCUGGAGAUGACAAAUUUCACUCUAGCGAAGAUGUGGCUGGAGAUUGACACAGAAGCAAGUGCGGCUGUAUUUUUCGAUGAAAAUAACAAGCCUACUGUCCUCACGCGAUCGGGAAGAAAGACACCUCUUGUGGCAUCGCCGUACGCCGAGGAUCUGAGUACGUGUUUGGUCUAUCUAGACGAGUCUCAUACCCGCGGCACAGAUAUGAAAUUUCCUCCUCUUGCUCGUGGGGCAGUGACGCUCAGCCUUGGUCAGACCAAGGAUCAUACCAUGCAAGCUGUCAUGCGACUUCGACGGCUGGCCACCACCCAGUCCAUCACCUUCUUCGCUCCACCGGAAGUACACCAGUCUAUUCUUGACUUCCGCUGCAAGGGUGACAACCGCCAUCUGGACUCUCAUGACGUGGUUUGCUGGCUACUGGAGCAGACCUGCCAAGGUCUCGAAAACCUGCAGCCAUUGUUUCAUGCCCAAGGCGUGAAUUACUGCCAGCGUACUCAAGCAGCAAGCAACAAUCCUCAAUACCUGUCGAAUCCAGCCCAGCGCGACGCCUACCUCGGAGCACUUCAAGACCAUGAGCAGCAGUCGCUCAAGUCCUUGUAUGAGCCCCGCACUGAGAAGAAGAAGAAAAACCGUAUCAAGGAUGAAAAGUUUGAAGGCAAGAUCGGUUUGCAUAUCAGAGAACUGGAACGACGAAGAAAGGCUUUUCAGGACACCGGUAGCGCGGUCCAUGCCUCUGCGCUGCAAGAAGUAGAGCAGGAGCGAGAAGUGGCGGUUGAAGCUGAGACGAUUCGCGAGCGACAGAAGCCUGUCUACUUCCACCCUCACACAUUCUCAGGACUGGCCCACGCGCUAAAGGAGUUUAUCCUCAGUGGCAUUCUGAGAUUGGAUAAUAGCCUCUGGGAGAGCGCCUUUUCUUACAUGAAGAGAAGUGCAACCGCUCUCAAAUAUCCUGCCGAGUUACCGGCCUCUCCACAACUUCUAGUUUCUGCAGAGUUCCGCCAAGCAGUUAUCGUGCCAUCUGGCAAGGUAAAUGACGACUUCUUGCGUCCUGUUCAAUGGAUAUUAUGGAGUAUGAACACCGAGACAGCUAUUCUUGUCAGCCCUGAGGAGGCCGAAGAGUUGAUUCCCCUGUGUCGCGAAGCGCCGAAGCAGGUCGUGCAUCUCUUGAGCUAUGCCAGCCCUGUCACCCAGAAGAUGCUUCAGUUCAACAGCCUCGACUAUUACGCUGUUCCUCCGCUUCCACUCGGCUGGUCAGCGCCGAUGUGGCUGAGGAUCCAAGUCGGCAUCUUCGCUGGUCGGCUCUAUUUUCCGUUCGAAGAGCUGGCACACAUACGCAGUUUUCUCGGACUUGGAAAUGACGAUGCGAGCAACCUCCAGACUGACUUGGCCAUAGAAAUAGAAGGAGAGCGAGUCGAGGGCUCGAGCGGCUCCGACGACCACCAGAGCUGUACACACAACGGAGAGCAAGUCGCACGGGAGGAGCAGGCCAUAACGAAGGAGGCACGCACCGCAAAGUUGAAGGCUACUCGAAUGCUUACAUUCCUCCACGCGUGGCUGGGAAUGAGGGGUCGUGGUCAAGACUUUACCCAUACACCUAUGGGCUAUAUCUGCGCCCGGAAAACAUUGACAGAAGAUCAUCCGUUUUUCCGCAAAGUCGAUGAUGACGAGUCUCGGCGAAGCAGAGUUCAACACGCCAUGGCCGGCGACACAUCAGUUCUGGCACACAUGGUUGUGGAGCGGGACGAGGACGGUCAUUCUGACGUUGACGAGGAGGAACUAGAUACCCGUCAUAGAUUGACCGAGGAAGAGUUGAGGCUAUCGGCGAACGAUGAAGGGAGCGGAGGUGAAGAUGGAGAGGAAGAAAAGUGUCAGAAUAUCAGUUCUGGUUCGAAGGGUUGA